GCAAACAGACCCACAGCACUGUAGUCCUUCUCCUGAGGUGGUGUUUGUUCAGAGGAAUAUAUUUUUUAACACUCAUGCAUCGCUCGAAAUGUUUGCUGCAGCCACCAAGAACUUUGUGAAGCAGGUUGGAGACACCGGGAGGUUGAUUCCCGUCCCGAGCCUGAGCGAGGCCGACCGGUACCAGCCCCUCAGCCUGGUCACCAGCAAGAGGAAGAGGCAUUUCUGGAAGAAGAAGAAGUACGCCUCAACCCCUUUCUCACUCAAAGACAUCCUGGUAGGGGAGAAGGAGAUUACAGCAGGAGUGUCUUCUUAUCAGCUCCUUAACUACGAGGACAAAUCAGACGUGGCCCUCAGCGGUCGAUUAGGAAACCACAUCAUCAACGAUGUGGGCUUCAACAUCAGUGGGUCGGACUCUGUGGCCGUCAAAGCCUCGUUCGGCAUCGUGACCAAACAUGAGCUGGAGGUGCCCACGUUACUGCGGGAACUCAACUCCAGGAAAGUGGACCUGGAUCACUGCCUGGUUCGUCAGUCCAAAGACAGUGGGCGAAGUGUGCUCUGCGUUGUUGUGGAAAGCAUCCGCACCACACGACAGUGUUCGCUAACCGUCCACGCCGGAAUGAGAGGGACCACCAUGAGGUUUCAGAUCGACGACGGCAGAAACCCCAAAGGUCGAGACAAAGCCAUCGUCAUCCCGGCUCACACCACCAUCGCCUUCAGCAUCUGUGAGCUGUUUGUUCGACUGGAUGGUCGGCUCGAUAUUUGCGUAGCUCCGGAGUCUCAAGGAGGAUUUGAACGUGAGCAGAUCAGGGAGCAGCUCGGUGGCUUCAUCGGUCGCUUCUCCAUGGGUCGACUGCGCCGCUUCCUGUCCGGGAUCAUCUAUGGAAACCCCUUCAGGGCAGAUGAUCGAACGUUCGAGGAGCUCACCCACUCCGACACCUACAUGGACGACAUGGUGACCGACUACUACGAGAAAGCGGCCAGCAUGACGGACGUGUCCACUGCCUACCUGAGGGAAAGCAGCCACACGCGGGCCAACCUCCUCAAACACAACAUCCCCAAGGGCCCCUGUGCGUUGUGCGGCAUGGGCAACCAGAGGCGGGAAACUGUCUACGGCUGUCUGGAGUGCUCAACCGGAGGCCAAAAAUAUGUCCGCCUGCACGUGGUGCCCUGUUUCGACCUCUGGCACAAAACUCUUAGGUGAAAAAAAAAAUGUUUGUACGUUUUUUUCUGGUG